AUGGAUAAGCGGAGUUGGAUCUGGGUUUGGGAAGCAAAUAUUCCUCCGAAACUGAAGGUGUUUGUCUGGAAAAUCUUGACCAGAAUUUUACCAACGACUGAGGCUCUUAUAGAAAAGGACGUGGAGGUCCUGCCCCGAUGUCCUGUCUGCUGGGCUUCAAAGGAGACAAUGGAGCACUUGUUCUUUGAUUGCCCUGUGGCUAGGGCUCUGUGGUCGCAGGCGGGGUUUGAUUCUCUUGGCGAGGGAUUGGCCCGUCAUACAUUCCCCCUCUUCCUCAAGAAAUUGCUGGCUAUCUUACAUCAACCUUCGCAGUUCAUGGCGGUAAUUGCUACCCUGUGGCGAAUUUGGAGAUCCCGAAAUUGGGUGGUCUUUGAAGGAAAACAAUUCAGCAUUCCGGCAUUAUUGAGGCAGUAUAACCAACAAGUAGGGGAGUGGCUCGGCCUGCCUAGGGAACCUCAGUCUCCCUCUUCUCAUCUGCCUGAUCGUCCUACUGUGGUAGUGAGCGGGUUAGGGGGACCUGUGUGUCGUUGGGAUGGGGUUGUUCGACGAGGGUCGCAUUCUGCAGGUGGUAUGGUACUUCUCAAUGAUGUAGGGACGCCGCUCUGGGCUGUGGGGGUUCAGUUUCCCAACCUGGAUGAUCCAAUGGUGGUGGAGCUACUUACGCUUAGGAAAGCUGUCCGUUGGUGUUUAGCGCACGGGUUUCUGGUCAUGCGGUUUGAAGGGGAUGCCAAGGUGGUCAUUGAUAAGAUCUGUAGGGCUGAUGUGCGCGACAGUCGGGUAGGGACUAUUUUGGAGGAAAUGAUUCAGAUUUUCAGGGAAAAUCCGGGCUUUACUGUGCGAUUUGUAGGUCGGGGUGACAAUAGGGUAGCUUAUAAGGUAGCUAGACAGACCCUUUCUUUGUUCCCGACUACGUGUCGUUAUUUUGAUUUCCAGACCUGGCUGGCUUCCAGGAUGUAA